AGCAAGCUGGGUAUUUAAGGCCUGGCAGUGCGCGCUGCCGAUCAUGUGUCCGGGGUGGCUGGGAGGCAGGGAUUGGGACAGGCUCUGGAGGGCACUGUGGGAUAGCCCUGGGAGGAGGCUCUUACUUGUGGUAGGCGCUUUGCUCAUGCUACUGUUUUAUCUUGCCCCUUACUUUCUAGUGGUAGCAGUGGUCGCGUCUUGUUUGGCAGCCUAUUGGGGUUACCUAGACUCUGGAAGACUGUUAAUAGGCAUCAACUUCUGCAAGCAUCUUACUAGCAGUUUUGCUGGGACAGCUGUUCUGAGGCAGAGACAAGGUCUGAACCAGGCCAGGAGACAAAGGGACCUGCCAACCUUCAAGUGGAGUCCAAGUGACCUAUUACUCCUAAUGGGUAGUUACCUGGGAAAACAAGAACCUCCUCCUCGGGGGGUUACGAGAGGGUCCAGGGAUAUCAAAGAUAAGUUGGCCCGACCAAACCCUGCUGUGCCCACCCCAACCAGGCGCCUUUCAUUCAGGGAGACUCCUAGUAUGCCAAGCAGGGGUUAUUUGAGCCCACGUCGACGUUAUCCUAUUCAUCAGCCUCAGUAUAGCAUGGCUGGCUCACUUCCUAUGGUCUGUUUGGAUGGGUACCAGCGGAAAGCUCUACUGUCACCUAGAAACUCAGCUGUACGAAGUCCAGUAACUAUUAGAAUUGCACCUCCAGACUCUAAAAUUCCCCGUUCACCUGUUGCUGAUAAUUUAUUGUCACCAUCUAUGGCCUCUCCCUCAAUCCAUAAUAUUCCUGAUCCUUGUGCAAAAGAGACUGUGCUAAAAGCUAUCAAAGAAAGCCGGAAAAGGUUGAACAAAGACGAAGAACAUUCUUUUGGGGGCCUGGAAAGCAAGAGGAGGAGACAGUGUAGUAGUGGAAGUGGGCAAACCUCAUUUGAAGCUCUGGUAGCAAAUGGAGGCCCAUCCUCUUUGAUUUCAAACAGGACAGAAUGUUUGAAGAGAGGCAUAAAUUUGCAAGUUGAUGAUGAUGAUCACAACAGCAAACGGUCCCGCACCUCUUCGAUCAGCUCACUGAAUAAUUCUUUGGCAAAUGGUAUACCCAUGUCUACACGCAACGCAAUUACCAGUUCCUACAGCUCAAGCAGAGGAUUGCAGAAAAGAAAAAGAGCUGUUCAAAACACCUCUGUCUCCAGCAACGCCUCCUCACGAUGCCAGACACCAGAGUGGCCCGUCAAAAAGUCCAGAGAAGAGGACCAUGAAACAAGUUUAUCUACUCCAGAGAAGUCGGGCAGCAAAGAUCAGUCAUCUGGAAAAAGUAAUAAUACUCCACAAACAAAAACAUCCAGUAGUAUUGGCUCUUCUGAUACAGGAGGAAGUCAUGGUCGGAGGCGUAAAGUGCUGCUUGUCUGCUCUGGCCGUGGAGAACAGUACCCUUUGCCUCCUCCCCCUAUUAUUGGAUACAGUGUCACCUCAAAAGACUUUGAUGCUGAGAAAAAGGCUGCCCUUGAACGUCUGAAUAAGGCAUUAGCUGCACCUGACACUGUCCCAAUCAGCUCUGCAUCCACGGGUACUUCAGCCUUGAAAGUACCAGUUACUUUUACCCUUGCUGCAACUUCUGUAUCACCACUGGAGUCACAAACCCCUACUGCUGGCAGCAAUCUGCUCCUGCAGAGUCUUGCCAAAAUGCAGAGCCAGGAGAGCACUCAAGCUACUAAAUCAGCUGUGUCUGUGACACAGAGCACUACACAAGCAAAUACUGCUGCACCAAGUAUAGCUCUGGGAUCAUUUGGUCUUGGCUUAAAUGCAUCUGAAACUAAACCUUCAAUAGCAUCUACACCCUCACUUUCUGUAUCAACAGUAGUCACAACAGCUAGCAACACUCUAACACAAACAUUACUGGCUCAACCCAAACAGGAGGCUCCAGCUCCAAAGAAUGGUCUUCUUUUUGAAAUUCUAAGUAAACCUGAAGAAAAAAAUCUACAGACUUCCUUUAAGCCAAUCUUUGAACCUAAUCAGACUACAACCCCUCCAUCAGUUGCUUUGUCAUCUUCUACAUUUUCUGCAACAACUAGUUCAGGCUCUGAUUCCACAUUCCCAAAAAUAUUUGGGAAUCCAGAUAGCCAUUUAGCCUCUUCGUCCGCUUCAUCACCUUUCAAUUUUCAGAUGACCUCAACGUCUACAUCUGCACCUGCUUCUGCUCCUAUCUCCUCUUUUUCCAGCUUGAGUGGAACCAGCACAGGUCUUGGUAUUGCUAAACCAUCAUUUGCUCCCUCCACUUCUGCCAAUAGCAGUACCAGCUCCACUACUGCAUCUACAUUCCAGUUUGGAGUUGCCUCACAGAGCAUGUCCUCUUCCUCUGGAACCACCUCAAUUUUGGGGAAUCCAGUUGCAGCCCCUGAGGCAAAGCCGGCUGUUCCCUUUGGACAAAUUCCUACCUCUCAAGCUACUGCUGGUUUUAAUCUUUUUGGUGUUGCAAAAGCUCCUGUUUCAACUUCUCAAACUCAACUUUCCACAGCAUUUGGGUCUACCACCUCUGCUUUUACUGCUGCUUUUGGCACUUCCACAAACACAUCAGCAUUCUCUGUGAACAAUAGCCAAACUGCCUUCAAAGUUAAUUCUACAAGUGAGGUGCAACCUAGCAAACCCACACCUACUCCUAUCCCAAGUUUUGGAGGUUCAGUUGGACAGCCAGCAUUUGGAACAAAUACUCAGCCAGCAUUUGGAAAUUCCCAGCAACCACCAUUUGGAACCAGUGCUCAACCAACGUUCGGUGGAAUGAAUACCACGUUUAAUUUUGGCAAUUCAACUGCUGCAGCAACAAAGGCCACAACUUUUGGGACUGCAAGCAACACUCAACCUGGUACCAGUGCUGCUCCUACUAACAACAUUUUUGGAAGUGGUACUCAACAGCCAUUCUCAUUUGGUGCAACAUCAAACAAUGUAACUUUUGGCAGCAGUACUCAAAGCAGCUCUACUGGCAGCAGUGGAUUUAACUUUGGAGCAGCACAAGGCUCUGCACCCGCAACCCCAGCUUUUGGUAGCUCAUCUGUGUCACAGAAUAAUGUUGGUACAUCUUUCAGUUUUGGGGCAGCUGAGAACAAGCCUUCAUUUGGUUCAGCUACCGCAUUUGGUCAAAGCACCUCUACUCCUGGAACACUUACAUUUGGGACACCUACUGCAGGUUUUUCCAGUCCAAACCCCUCCUUCAGUCCAGCUACUCCAUCUUUCUCCAUUGGGGCAGGUUCUAAAACUUCUGGUGCUCGGCAGAGAUUACAGGCACGACGACAACACCCACGCAAGAAGUAAUCUUGUCAUUCCAAAUAUGGACUUGUCCACUGAAAACAAAACCCUGCAGGAGCAACACCUACUCUAGUGUUACUUUUUCUUUUUUACCUGGUGAUGGACCAUGUGGACUUAUUACAUGGAAUGCAACCAAUCUAAAGUACCAAUGGGUAGUUAAAAUAAAGUGUGUUUUACUUCCGUUUGGAUAAAAGAAGAUAAGGCUGAAAAAAAGACUAGUAAGACAAUGGGGCGUUAAAUAGAAUGUAAAGUUCGGUGGCACUAAUUCACUGUUGGAUUGUCGCAGAAUUUCGUUUAUACAUGUGCUCAUCUUUGUGACUGCAUCAGUUUAGCACUUUUGGGUCCUGGCAUGUGUAAUUGGAAUGAGACUGGUGAGAAGGUGGUUUUGGAGUGUCUCUUCUCACAAGUGCACUAUUGCUCUGACAUCCUGGAGUACUUAUUUUUCAUUUUUCUUUUUUCUUGAAUGGCUAUUUUAGUAAACUAAUUUUUUAUUUGCAGUGCCUUUUUAUGUUGCUUAUCAUUACCAAGUAAAAAAAUUUUUUACAGUAAAUGAAUGUGCUCUCUACUUCCUGAAGGAGCUUUGACGCUACUGAUUUACAGUGCAAUCUUUGUGUACACUUGGUCUGGCUUAUUGCAGAUACUUUACCCCCAUGGGUUUACGAUUCACUUGAAUUCUUUGCUGCCCUUUUAAGAUGACUGUAUACCUGAAAUCAGAAAGCUUAUCAACCAAUCUACAGACUUCUGGCAAAAAUAAGGGGGUUAACUUGUGCCUUGUCAUACCCCAUAGUUUGAAAAACUGGCAAUGUGAAAUUAAAGAUACAGCACUGUUAGCUGCCUUGAGUAAUCACUGUAAUAUCAGUACUUUCUAUAUGAGGCACUUUUGGAUGUCCUUGGUUUGACAGACUGUUUUUAACAAGCAAAAAGGAUGACUUUUUGUCAGUUAUCUCUUACAGCGAUUAACUUUAAACCUGGCAACAAUUAAUAACUUAUGAGUGUUUGGAAGAGCGGUGUGUAUGGUAUCAUUUUUUUUUUCUGUGUUGUCAAAAAAUGUUCUUGUAAGCUACCUCUAUGGGGUUGAGUGUAUUGGGAAGGGGAGGUAACCAAGCAUGGUAGGAUUUUAGGCUUUAGUAAAAGUAAAUGAUGAAAUAUUUCUCUUUUAAAUCUUGAUUUGAUUUUUUUCUUACUAGAAGUCCUACUUUUAAAUUCUGCCAAUUGUAGAGUGCUGGAGUUAAAUUCUGCCAAUUGUAGAGUGCUGGAGUUAUCAGUUAUGGAUUUGGAUUGUUGAUGAACCACGCAUCGGCAAUAUUUAAUCCUGUGUGCAGGACCCCAGAUUAAAUACACUAUAUAAAAUGGUGUAACGAAGAUUAUAUAGACUAGGAUGGUUAAUACUGGGCUGUAAUCAUAUGUAAUGUGUUUUUCCCUUGUGCUAGAAUAUUUGUGCAUCCCUCCCUUUUUUUUUUUUUUUUUUUCUUUCCUCCUCUUAUUUAACCCAUCAGCUACCAGUGAGGGCUGCAAAAACCUGGCUGCUCAGGCAGCAAACAAGGUAAUACUUUAUAUAAACAAAUUCCCUUUAAGUGUAAAAUUGUGCUGCCCAAACAGUUAUCUUUAGCAUGAAAGUAGAGAACUAGCUGGAUUUUCCUUUUCUUUUUUUCCUUUUGUGACUGAGCAUAAUGGGGUGAGUUUCAAAAGUUGUUUGAAGUCUGUAUGGAUUACAUUUUGCAGGUUUUAUAUAAACUUUUUAUAUAUUUGUCUGAUGUAAUUUUUGUUUUAAAUAAAAGAAAAAAGAAAAA